GCUUUUUAACAUGAAAACAUCAUGAGAGUCUGAUUUGCUCAGCUUAGCAUUGAUCAUUCACUAUGCAUACACCUUUUCUGAGGUUAAUCACUUUUCCGAGGCAACUCUUUUGCGCAAAGGAAUGGGAAAUGAAACAUGUCCCAACCGGGCUAGCAUGUCGAGUUAUGCCGAUAUAUAUCGAUCCAUCAAAAAGAGGUAGACCGGAUAUACGCUGAGUAAAACCUCUCUACCAAGACCUUCCUCCCUUGAACUUCCCUCCCCAACCGCCAAACCCAAUGGGUCAUUUUCUUAACCAUGAAUUACAGGCGGAUAUCAGAGCCAAACUCUCUAAGCUAACUGCUCUCCCUCAAUACAGGGAUUUUAGUUAGAAUCUGUUGACACGCUAUGCACCCCAAGCAAGGGUAUGACAGUCAGUCAGCAAUGGCGGCACAGGGAGCUCCGAUUGUUGUCAUAUCGUUAGAGGGGACUGUGGUAUUUAGUGUCACUCGAGAUCAACAUGAUAUUUUUAAUGCCUAACAAUUUGAAAAAGACGCAGGCAGAAGAUAAACAUGAGAGAGGUCACUAAAACAUCACAGCACAGCAAAAGAGAAACCAACUAAGAGAUAUCUAGAUGCUGAGGCGAGAGAGCAAACCACUAACAACACCACCCGUCGACGGAGAAUGGAGUUUCUUUCGCGCGCUUUAUCGCCACCGCAUUCCCAAGUUCUGUUUCUAGCAGGCAUCUCCGUCGCAGAGUAGGGUUUCGAUGUGCGUUACCUAUGUGUUCGUUGACACGAAGUCGCUCCAAUCAAGUCUUUUUGACGUGGAGCAAGGAAGAUGGCAUUGGAGGUUAUCGGGUUCGAUAUAUUAUCUGGAGUCCAAUUCUGGACUGACUACGGAGUGCGUUAAGGUCUAAUAAUAUCGACGUUUGCCCAUGUCCCCUCCCCUCCACACUACUGCGUAUCAGACUAUCAGUUCAUUCUUACGACCCUCCCUCUGUUUCGCUGGUGUUCGCUAUCAGUGAACCUGGGCUCCUUGGCGGUACAUCCUGAAAGCCCGCCAAUCAGCCGCUAAGGAGCACAUAUUCCACUGGUUUCUUUUUGGCCCAAGUGCCUGUGGAGUUACAUGGAUGUGUCUGCUGAACAUGGGCGAGAAAGCUUGGCCUUUUUCUGCUUCAUUACUCCAUACAAUAAUAACAAUACGACGCCCUAGUAGCGUCUUAUUACGCAGUAAGUGUCGCCGCUAAGGGGAAGGGGACCAGGAAGGCCGUGCAUAAUGCAGAAAACCCAAGCCAGGUAUAGUUCACUAGCCUAUGUUGCUCCGUAUUCAUAAUAUAUUUCUGUGGAGAGACUAUACCAGAAGUUGUACUGUACAAGGCGAUAGAUAAUAUGGUAACAAUCGUCAAAGGAUGAUUUCAUAUCAUCCGACCUCAAAAAAUCGAAGAAUAGAUAGAUAUACUUUUACAUACGUAUGUAUGUCCAAGAAGUCUCGCCCUGCCAUUUGUUGCAGCUAGAGGCGAACUUUCCCCGGCCCAGUCAUCUACAAAACUCUAAUAUAAAAAUAUUUUUGUCCAAACUCUUUUUUGACAUUAUUUUGCGCUGCUUCGAAUUCAUCCUUCCUGUUCAUCCUCUUCUUCCUCUUCACUAUCAUCAAACUACUGGGCAUCUCCUUAGAGCCCUUACUUACACUAAUCUAAUAUUUAAUUAAUCUUAAUAUCUACCCAUCUCCUGUCCUGCCUCCCUCUUGCCCUAGCUCUAAGCCUAUUCUUACGUACUCGCUGCGGAUAUCAAUCAACCCUUACUCGUUCUCACAAUAUAUCGUUACUAUUGCCUGCAAAACACUCAUUCUCUCCCUCUUCCUAUCAACUGCGCCUAUCGUACGCAAGCAACACAUCCGCCGGGGUAGCCGUUUUCUCGCUCCCCCUCUCCCCCCGUCUUCGCGCAAGCCAAAACAGACAGGAUACGGUCAAGUAAUACCGCUGCUGAGGAUAUUCCGCCCCGAUUCCGCUGGAGGGGCAAUCUGUGACUAACAGUAACGUCUGCGACUGGCCGCUGGACCCCAAUCAAUGCGAGUUGUCGUAGCAGCAAAAUAAAUUACGCCCACAGAAAUCCCUGCUGUGUCCCGUGACCCCGCUCCCCAAAUUUCCCAUACCGUAAUAUCGUCCGUGACGGUACGUACUGUAUUAUUCGUCGAGUGCGGCCCGCCCCACAUUGCGGCCAAUAGGAUACUGCUGCUGGCCAUACACCUCAUUCUGCAUGUAAUGACCGUCAUCCUUCGCCACUACAUCCAUCUAUCUGCUACAACUCUCCAAACUACAUACAACCCCCGUUAGAGAAAUGAGCUCCCAGGCUCUCCCCACCGCCAAUUGCCAGCACCAACCCCAUCACCAGCCGGAUUACUUUCAAAAACCUGUCAACUAUACUAGAGAUAUCUCUCCCUCCUCUGGCUCCGAGAGUUCUCGCCGCCCUUCUUUUGGCUCCAUCAAGGAGGACUCUACAGAAAUUGCCCAGUCAUUCGUUGAUACAGAGGACAGUUCCUCCAAUAAACAGACCACCAAAGCUGGGGGCAAUGCUGCUGCCAAGGCUGUAGUGCAGUCCUCCGAUUCCCCUGAAUUCUGUUGCCCCUGCGGUGCCUUUUUAGGAUGGAAGCACAUCCGCUUAGGUGGACGGCGACUGAGCAGGAGCUACAGUGACCUUCGCUUGUUAGGCAAUGCCCAAUCGAGGGGCUUUGCUUGGGAGGUUAAUGAUUCGGGUCCUAUCACCCCUGUUCAAGAGGAACCUAAGAAGACUGUCAGAAAGGGGCAUGCGCCAAUUGAAUUACUUCCCGCUGAGAUCCUAGAUCAAAUCAUCUCCCAUCUGGCUAUCGAUAUCCCCCCUAAUGGCUACACUCCACGGAAUAUUGACCUUGUCUCGUGCCUCUUGACCUCUCGGACACUCCACUCAGCGACACUUAGUGUCCUUUAUCGACACAUCACCAUACCCCACUCGAUCAUCUUCUCCAAGGCUCUGAACCACAUCAAGCAGUAUCCCGCUUUAGGCACCAUUGUCCGGCGCUUGGACUUUUCCCACUUCACGUCUGUUGGGCUGGGUCGCACACAGCAAAUGAAUGUCGAGAUUCAGAACCUUACGUCCAAGACCCUGUUGGAGUGCUUAGAGUUGCUGACAAACCUAAAGGAGUGUCUGCUUCAAGAGCAUCUCGAGGAUGAUGUGAAUGUCGACGUACUCCGAAAAUUACUCUCACGAACCCCGUCCCUGCGCGCUGUUGAUUUCUGCGGGUGUUCAUCUGCAAUUUUCUCCAAUGGCUUCCUCAGUGCCGUUACUGAGGAUUUUGAUUUCCCCGCAACCCUCCCAGCGCUCCGCCGGGUGUCUCUCCACGAGUGUAGCGGUCUCAUUCCGCGCGUGUUCGAGGUUUUCCUACCGCGCCUAGUCAACGUGACCCAUCUCGAUGUGUGCCACACCCAGAUUACGAAUUCUGCAUUGAUGUCCAUUCCACACACUGCCCGCAUCACACACCUGAAUAUUUCGCGAUGCACGAAGCUCACGGGACCGGAGGUGGUGAAAUUCUUGACCACACACCCAGCUACACCAACUCCUGGACGAGACGGACGUCGACACCCUCCUGCCCUGCCUAACCUCGACCCUCCGCUCGGUGAACCUGGGCGGGGCGAAGAUCUGCUCAUCGAACAUGCCUUGUCUUCUCCGCCUCUCCAAGCACGUCGAAGAACUCGGUCUCGAUUCUGCCAACCUUACCAUCAGCGACAUCAACCUGUUCUUCGCACUACCGCCGUCCGAUAAUAACGUUUCUGACAAUGAUGCCAACACCAACACCAACGGCGUCAACCCAAGCACACGCCGGGCCUGGAUCCCAUCCCAGCUCCGCUACAUAGAUCUCACCAGGAACCCCCACGUCACCCAAGCUGCCCUCCUAAACCCCAAAGCCUGCCUCCUCGUCACCCCACACAGCGCGCCGCUUGAUGUAAUCGAACUUAGCGAAAAAAUCAUCAGCCCGCUCCGCCAGCGCAGCCGGGCGAAUAAAUAUGGGAAUGGAUGGCUAGUGCGAGACUUGGGGCGGCGGGGAUGGUAUGUGCGGGAACCGGCGUUGGGAACGCGACAGGGUAAGCCGACCGUGAAGCCGGAUGAUGGGCGUCGGUCGUGGAAGAUGGGGGCACGCUGGUGGGGAAUGAGGAAGAUCCCGGUUGCGGUGGGGGAUGUUGGGGGGCUGUAUGGGCAUUAUAUGUUUAAGAAGUGAGCGGGGAUUAAGUAUUGAGUAUCCUACCUCCCUUUUACCUGCUGGCAAUGGCAGAUUUUGUACCGUUCUUGUGAUUGUUUCAUUACACUAAUAUAUCCCCCCUUUGUGACAUUUUUGAUAUCUUGGGGUGUUUCUGGAAUAAUUUUUUUUCUCAUUUUCCUUUUCCUUAUCCCGGCUUUGGUGUUGUUUUUCCCUUGUUAAGCGUGCCAAAUUUCCUCUCUGCCUUCGUUGCCUCUGUUGCUUCUCUUUUCCUCCUUUUCGACCAUGAUGUGUUCUUAGUAGUCAUACAUCCCUUGAGAUAUUUCCGUCGUGAGCGUUUUUGUCAACUUUUUUUUUGUCGCAAGCGAGUUUAAAAUUCAGCAUAUUCUUCUUAUCCACGCCUCUUAUGUCUUUAAUGUUUAUUUGACUGCUAAUUUUUUCUUUCUGCUUCCCUCGCCCUCGGUCUCAUUUAUUCGCCCUUAUAAAAUUUUACCCUUCUCCAUAUAUUUCCCGCUCGUGCCUUGGAAAAGUCACAUUUGAGUCUGGAAAAGAUAGCGCUCUUUCUGCUUCUUAUUUCUAUUCAUGGUACUUGCUGGUGUUGGCAUUGACAUUCACUCAAAAUAUCCAUCGUUCCAUAUUCGCAAAGCAAGUAAGCAGAUGUCGCUACUUUCUUUUGAAGGACUCACAGAGAGGGGAGAAAAGAGCGAAUUGAUAAAAAUAAAAAAAAUAAAAAAGGCACACAGGCACAUAGGUAUUGAAUGAGAGGGGGAAGUUUGUGUUUUGUUGACUGUUGAUCACUCUUUUGCUACUAGUUUUUGAGUUUUUUUUUUCUUUCUUUUCUGAAAUGAUAUUCUUAUCUUUUGUAUUAUUUGUCAUUUUAACUUAUUCUUACUUUUCAAUCAUGAGAAUCUUUCACUUUUGAGUCUGUACAUGAAUUACAUCUAACAUAGUGUGCUAUUAUCUGUUGUACUUGAAACAUGCCACUCUCAUUCUUUUUUAUUAAACUUAUGCUUGAACAAUUGUAUGUAUUAUUUCCCCCUUCUUUUCACAACUUCCUCUUACAAUUCUUUCCCCAAUCAAUUGUAGCUGCUCGUUUGCUCGCGCCCA